AUGUCGGGGAAUAUGCCUUGCGGGGAUGUGAUUGCUGCCGCUGCAGGUUCAAUCACAUGGCACGUGCAUCCAAUUGCUGGGCUGGCUGUCAGUGUCAACAGGAACGUGCAGAUCGUGAUUGCGAUUGGCUGCGGAGGAGGAAACGCGGUGAAAUCCGACUUCGAAUCCACGAGUCACGGACGGAGGUCUGCAGCGGAAGCGCAGGAAAAUAAAAAAGGAACGCUGGAAAAAGCAAACCUGCCUCAAUUCUGCAAGAUUGGAUUUGGAUUUUCACUCGCUGCACAUGCCACCUUUGGCAGGGGCCCGGGAGAGUGCUGA